GUUCUUCCCGAGGGCGGCACCAGGGCCGGGCGGUGGGGUCCGGGUGCCCGGGUGAGGGGCGGAGCUGGGGGCAUGGCGUCCGGAGCGGCUCGCUGGCUAGCACUGGCACCAGUCAGGUCCGGGGCUCUCCGAAGCGGGCCUAGCUUGAGGAAAGAUGGCGAUGUCGCCGCCGCACGGAGUGGCUUAGGCCAGAGCCUGGUACCGUCGAGGUCAGUCAUCGUUACCCGCAGCGGCGCCAUUUUGCCCAAACCGGUGAAAAUGUCCUUUGGCCUUCUCCGUGUGUUCUCCAUUGUGAUCCCCUUUCUCUAUGUCGGGACACUCAUUAGCAAGAACUUUGCCGCUCUACUUGAGGAACAUGACAUUUUUGUUCCAGAGGAUGACGAUGAUGAUGACUAACAGGCAUUACAGAAAGGAGAAAGCAGUAACUGAAGAAAUGGUGAUGCUCUCAGCUUCUCUGCCUUCCCUAUCAGCAGAAGGGCUCAGGGAAGGCCCUCAGCCUCCCAGUCUGGUGAAGCUUCCUGUAUGGUCCAUGACCAUAUCCCACCCCAGGCUCUGGCAGGCUCCCUGAGAUGUGCUGUCCACUAAGCACUGCACAAACAAGCAAAUUAUGAAUAAACGUAAUAAAUAUCAGCUGUG